GCUGCUACUUCAAAAAAUUAAAACAGCUAUUCGUUAAACCCCGUCCCCGGAAAUCUUAAACCCUAAUCAGAGAGGAGCACUCUUGCCGCCGUGGGAGGACCUAGCAGUGGGGAUGGAAGCGCUGCUCCGGCUAAAGUCGACGGAACCUCCGCUAUGGUUGGCGCCAUCGGCGCCACUUUCCGAGGCAGCACGGACGGCCUCUCAGCACCUGUUCGCGUCUCUCAGACCUCACGUUCGGAAAUCGCCGUUCGAUGAAUUGUUAGUCGAUAAUUUUGACGCCGAGCAGAUUUGGCAGCAGAUAGACCUGCUGACGCAGCCACUGGUUGGUAGCAUCAGGCGUCGGGUUAAGCAUUGGGAGAAGAAUCCCGAGGAAAUCGAAAAUUUACUGCCAAAGGUUGCCGAGGAAGGGAAGAAGGUUUCCGAAAGAAAGAAAGUGGAAGAGCUUAAUGAUGAUGGUGAUAUGGAUAUGGAUAUGGAUAUGGAUAUGGAAGAUGAUGAGGAGAUGGAUGUUGAUAAUGAUGGAGAGCAGGAUGGUGGGAAAGACAAAGGGGAUCAAAGUGAAGAGGAGGAGAAAGGUGGAGGGAUAGAAGACAAGUUUUUGAAGAUAAAGGAAUUGCAGGAGCAUUUGGAGGAUGAAGAAGCUCGGCAUUAUGGAUUGGAUCCAAAGAAGAAGAGUAAGAAGAAAAGUGGAAGCAAGAAAUUGAAAGACGAAGAUGAGGACAGUGAAGAGAAUGAGGAGGAGGAGGAGGAGGAGGAGGAUGAGGAGCUUGAUCUCUUUGCUGGGGGAGAUGAUGAAGAGGACGAGAUGGGAAAUGCCAGAUAUGAAGACUUCUUUGGUAAAAGGAAAGAAAGCUCAGAAAAGAAGGCCAGAUAUAAAGAUGAGUUGGGCGAAGAUUCAAGCUCAGAUGAGGAUGAAGGGGAGGAAGAGUUGAGCUCAGAUGACGAAGAAAAAGAUGAGAAUGCAAAUGAGGUUGAUAAACCGAAAGUGCUUUCUACCCAUGAAAAGGAAGUUCAGAAGAUCAAAUCUGAGAUAGAGAAAAUGGAGAAAGCAAAUCUGGAUCCAAAAACCUGGACCAUGCAGGGAGAGGUAACAGCUGCAAACAGGCCCAAGAACAGUGCACUAGAAGUUGAUUUAGAUUUUGAGCAUAAUGUUAGGCCCGUCCCAGUAAUCACUGAGGAAGUCACUCAAUCACUAGAGGAGAUUAUUAAGAAAAGGAUCAUUGAGGGACAGUUCGAUGACAUUAAAAAGGCUCCUGGUUUGCCCUCCAAAGCACCAAGAGAAUUGAAAACAGUGGAUGAAAAUAAGAGCAAUAAGGGUCUUGCUGAAGUUUAUGAGGAGGAAUAUGUACAGCAGACAGAUCCAGCUGCUGCUCCAUUAUCUUUCUCAGAUGAACAGAAGAAGGAGGCAAGCACCUUGUUCAAAAAGCUCUGCCUGAAGUUAGAUGCACUUUCUCACUUCCACUUCGCCCCAAAACCUGUUAUAGAGGACAUGUCUAUCCAAUCAAAUGUCCCUGCUCUUGCCAUGGAAGAGAUUGCUCCAGUCGCGGUUUCAGAUGCUGCUAUGCUGGCUCCUGAGGAAGUCUUUUCAGGCAAAGGGAAUGUUAAAGCAGAAGUUGAACUUACACAAACAGAAAGAAAGAGAAGGAGAGCAAAAAAGAAGCGAAAAUUUAAGGCUGUAGAAACCAAAAAGAUGGCAAGUAAGAAGGCGCGAGAAGAUGAGCUACGAAAGCAGAAAGAAGCUGCGGGGAACCUUGAAGAACAAUGACUUGUUUACUGAAUGAACGGAGCUCCAGCUACGACUUCAAUUUUGGGGUAAUUUUGAGAAACCCCUAUCCCCAGCACAACUUUGCAAGAUGAAUUGGUCAUGUGGGAAUAACGACCCAGACCAACACAAAUUUGGAAGGAAGAACUGCGCUGAACAUAAUGAAUGAAGGGCCCUGUUGAUAUGAAGCUGCAAAAGUGGAUCCAUGGGAUAGAAAGAGGAAAUUUUUACCUGUAAUUAAGUGGAUGAAACGUUUGGCCUUAUUAUAUAUAUAGCCUUACCAUUGUCAUUACAGCCAACUAUACUCUACCUUUCCUUAUGAUAAAGGUGUUUUACUUUAUGCAUUUUUGGUGAUGGAUUCUGAAGCUUGAAUGUUCCUACAUGUAACAUUAUUUACAUUUUACACAUUUCAUGCCUUCUAACAUUCUGUAGUC